CCGCUCACUCGGUGCAUCAGUACAUCUCCAACCGCCGUGUGUUUUGAACGCACCAUGCGUGCACCGUUACGAUAAAACGUCGUGAGUGUCACUAACGAAUUUUCAUUGUGAACUUUACCAUGGAUCUCAUUUACUUUUGUGUUAUCAUUGCUGUUGUGCAAGGAUCCGUAAGAGCGUCAUGCAGCUAUCCGGGAUCUCCUGCGCAUUCGAGCGUGUCAUUCUCUUCCGACCAACUCGACGAAGGGACCGUGGCCACAUACGUAUGUGAGCAAGGCUUUGAGCUCCUCGGCCCAUCCAGAAGGAUUUGCGAUGCAGGUCACUGGACUCCUGACGGCAUUCCAUUUUGUGUUAUCAAUGUCGCUGCUGGAAAAGCACCGAUGCAAAUCUCUACUGACGAAGGCGGAGUGCCUCAAAGAGCCUUAGACGGCAGCACUGCCUCUACAUUUAGCGUGGAAACCUGCACACUUACUAAGCCCGAAAGGGUCCCAUGGUGGUACGUUAACCUUCUGGAGCCUUAUAUGGUCCAACUCGUGAGACUCGACUUUGGGAAGCCUUGCUGUGGAACGAACACGAUAGCAACCAUAGUAGUACGAGUUGGCAAUAAUCGACCCGAUCUCGGCACAAACCCUGUCUGCAACCGGUUCAUGGGUACUCUAGAAGAAGGACAACCUCUGUUUCUUCCGUGCAAUCCCCCUAUGCCUGGUGCAUUCGUCAGUGUUCACCUGGAAGCUGCAAUUCCGAGCCAGCUAUCUAUAUGCGAAGCUUUUGUAUACACGGAUCAAGCGUUACCAAUAGAGAGAUGUCCCCAAUUUCGAGAUCAACCUUUGGGAAGCACCGCGACGUAUAACGGCAAAUGUUAUAUUUUCUAUGACCGGCAACCGUCCAACUUUCGAGACGCUCUCGCAUUUUGCCGGUCAAGAGGAGGCACAUUGGUAGACGAAAGUAAUCCAGCUCUACAAGGUUUCAUUAGCUGGGAACUUUGGAGAAGACACAGGAGCGAUAGCAGCAGUCAGUACUGGAUGGGAGCCGUCCGCGACCCACAAGACCCAAGCAACUGGAAGUGGGUGAACGGUAAUGAUGUGACGGUAUCCUUCUGGAACGCUCCUGGUUGGGGCGAGGCCUGCGUUAGGUUCGACGGCAGCAAGGGAUGGCUCUGGGCCGACACCGACUGUCAGUCUACUUUGAACUUUAUCUGUCAACACCAGCCUAAAGCCUGCGGUCGGCCAGAACAGCCGCCUAAUUCCACUAUGACUGCUGAACGCUUUGAAGUGGGAGCUACUGUGGAAUAUUCUUGUGAUGAGGGGCAUCUGUUAGUAGGCCCUACUGUAAGAUCAUGCUUGGAUACUGGAUUCUACGACGAGUUUCCACCUGUCUGUAAAAGAAUAGAAUGCGGUUUCCCCGCCGAGAUAGCGCACGGCAGCUACAAAUUGGUUAACGUGUCGGUGUCUUACUUAUCGCAUGUGCAAUAUGACUGUGAACCUGGCUACGAGAUGGUGGGCCGAUCCCGCCUCGUGUGUGACAUCGAUGAACGGUGGAACGGACCCCCACCGCGCUGUGAUAUUGUACAAUGUGAGAAGCCACCGGCCAUACAGAAUGGUAGAGUGAGCGUCACAAACAACGCGUCAGUCUUCGGCUCGUUGGCAGAAUACAGUUGCUUACAAGGCUUCCAACUGCACGGUUCCCGCAAGAUAAAAUGCCUCGCCACUGGUCGAUGGGACAAAUCUGCUCCACACUGUUAUCCUGAGGAGCGAACAACAACGACGACAUCAACAUCAACAACCACCACCACUACGACAACAACACUGCACCCCACCACUUACACAUUCACGACAAGCCAGUCACCAACAACACCACGUUUGAUACUUCCCACCAGACCUAGAACACAACGACCAACACUAGCUACUUCGUCCGCCACCCCCGAUGUAUCCACUACCAGAAGACUAAGGCCGAGGAUCACCACAACGGAACGAGCAACUACCAUUAAAACAUAUGAAAAGCCACCAGUAAGAAAAGUCACAGUUGUGGAUUCCCAAGACUCGCCCACUAGCCAUAUUCCGCAUAUCAUUAUAGCGAGUCAUCCGAGAGAAAACCAGAUUUUCGGCAGUGGUAAUAACAUUAGAGCAGAGCAGACUCCUCGGGUGAACGUCCCUCUACCAGUAGACGGAGACCGCCGAGAGACGGUCGGCGCCAGGCUCAACAUUGGGGCAGUGGUUGCUCUAGCGGCGUUCGGUGCUCUUGUAUUUUUAAUCGCAAUCAUCAUCACUAUCGUCAUCCUAGUACGAAGCAGAAAACACAACGACGUAAAGCGAUACAGGCACCACGUGUCCCCGGACUGCAACACUGUGGCGUCACUCGACUCUUCCUCGUCCGAAUCACGAAGCGGCCUGAACAGGUACUACCGACAAGCGUGGGAGGAACUCCACGAGGCCACAGGCGCUAAACACGGCCACAGGCGACAAGAACGGGAAGCGCCGAAGGACGGCUCCGAGCUGGUGGUCUCCGAUGUGUACCCAGCGCCUCACGCGAAGGACAAAAGGAGACAUCAUCAUCACCACCACCACCGCGAGCCGAGGCAGCCCGACUGGCAACCGUCGCACCGCUCCCACCACAACCAUAAACCUAGAUAUUAAAUCUCGAUUUUACGUAUUCCAAAUAUUAUUUAUUUAUUAGAAAGUUAAUAGUUAAGUGUGUCAGCUAUUCUUGUAUUAUGCAAAUAAGUUGAGGCCGGCGUUUAUGUUAUUGAUUGAGUUAAAUAAAAAAUAAACCGCCUGAGUGUAGGAAGACCCCAAUUAAUUAUUUAUUGAUAUUUAUUUGCAAUUGAACUUGUUUCUUCUGUUUCAAAAAACUGACUUAUUUCUUCUGUUUCAAAAAAUUAGGUACAAAAUGUAACAAUUCCUUAAUUUUCUAUUUAAUUUCUACAACUAUUUACCUAUAUCAAGCUUUAUGUCUAAAUAUUAAAUUUUAACGAACUAAACAUUUUAUAUUCUUUUAUAUACCUAGGUAUCUCAACUUUGUUUUUCUUAAUUAAACCUCCUUGUAUUUGCUUGAACUAUGGUUACCUUAAUCUUUUCUUAUUUACAUAAGCACAUAAUAUGCUUCAUAUAUAAAAUAAUUAUUAUUCUUAUCCGUAUAAUAGGCAUAAUUGUAAUAUUUGGUUACUUGCAAGCUUAAACUUGUGUAAAAAUAAAAAAUGCAAUGUAAAUAUUUAUAUUAUAAGAUUAGAUUGAAGUUAAUCAUUGACAAAAUAAAUGUGUUUCUUAUAUCUUCAUUAAAAUACUAAUAUCUAUACUUAUCGAAACAGUGAUGGUUAAGUUAGUUACUUAAGUAAAUAUUAAAUACCUAAUAAUGUAAUUAAAUUAUUUGUUUGACAUAUUAUAUUAUACCUACCAAAUGCGAAAUUCGACAUUCUCUCGUUAUUUACAAUGAAUAAAAAAUAACGGUCAACUUAACGUUAAUAAAUUCAAUUCAUGUAAAUUAAUAUUUAUAAACCUGUUUUAAAUGGAAUCCUACUCAUGAAAAAUCAACUUUAUAGUAAUCAGUUGUAAAAAAUGUUUUACGGAUCCCUGACUAGUUAUAUUACCUAUAUGCUGUAAGCCGUAUCCGUAAUGAUCAUGAAAUUUGUUCGAUAAAUGGCCGUCAAGGUAAGAAAAUCGGAAAAUACCACUUAGAGUUGAACGACGAAAUCGAGAACGUACACUUGUAAAAUAAAUACUUAUUCGCUAUUGUUAUUUUUUUUAUAUCUAAUCUAUAUUAUUCUACAAUAAAGUUCGAAAUGUGACCGUUAUUUUUUAUACGUUUUAGGUAUUUAUUAAAAUUCUCUUUAAAUUUAAAGCUAAAUUAAAUUGAUCUAAAUGAAAUAUUUAAUUUUAAUUAAUAUUUUUAAUUUCAGCAUGGUACAAAAGUAGUUAAUGAGUACAACUUUUAAUAAAAUUUGUAUUGAUUGCGAGAUCGACAUUAAACGAUGAAUUAAAAUGUGCCAUUGAACAGGCAAAAUAAGGUAUCUAAGAAUAAUAAAUAAGUAUAUUGUAUUUAACUUAUCUAUAUAAAAUGUGAACGUCUGGAAUUAAGAUGCAACUACUAAUAUUGAUGAUGUAAAUAUAUUUUUAAAAUUAUAUAAGUAUUCUAAGGUAAAUGUACCAGAUUACGGAAUACUAAGGCUUUUUAACUGAGAAUACUUGAUAUUAAUAGUAGGAAAGUGUCACGAAUCAAAACUGCUCGGUAGACUUAUUAAAUUAUGGAUAGAUUUAGAACAUUAUUGAGCGUUUGUAAUAUUUAAUUUAUAAAUGGAAGCUAAUAAUGGCCUAUCUUGGAAUCGUGUACAUUUACCUUAUUUGCUUAAACAAUAAGUAUAUAAAAUUGUUGGAGAGGUGAGAAGAUAUCAGGUAGGUACUAUCUCAACAUUUAUAUUUAUAUUUAAAUUAAAAAAUAUUAUAGAUAUGUGCAGCAGGUAUGUAUCGACACAGGCCUGGCCAUUUAAAUCAGCGUAACGGCCUAUGAAAUAAAAACAAUUCUACCCUUAGAUAACAAAUGUUGAAUAUAAUAUAAUGAAUUAUGUAAAUUUAAAAAUAAAACCUUUUGAGAAAAAUAUAUUGUUUUCUUUAUAU